AUGAAUCAACCGGAGAUUGCGCAGAACAGGUUUGCCAAAUCAAGCGAAAGGACAAUUAGUGGAGCCAAGAAGGUUCUCGGAGUUUCGAAAUUAGAUGCAAUUAUAUCCCUUCAAGCUCAAAUGACCCAAAUUGCUCAACAGAAUCAGCUUCUUUUACAACACAUCAAGGACUAUUAUGAGACAUCUUUUGAGCGCACGAGAGAUGCCGAAACCGAGAGUAGUAAUGAACAAGUUUGCUUUAUAGACUCAACAAAAACUCCUCCAAAAGAUGGUAGUACGAGUUGGGGUUUUAACGACAAUGAGAGCGCGAGGAAACGGGUGUUGCCACCCAAAGAGCCAAAAAAGCCGCGAGAGAAGGCUCAGAGCAACCACGAACGAUGUGCUCGUGCAAAUUACAUCAUCACAGGGAAGUCGGUCGAUGUCGGUUCCAUUAUUCACGAUCAACUAUGGCAAAGCAUCCACGCCAACUCAAAGGGAAUCUUCUUCCCUAGCCUCGUCACGAGGUUGUGUAAAAAAGAGAAAGUCCCCAAGCAACCGAACGACAUUGAUCUCAACAUCCGGAAGCCAAUUGCUGAUUUUGCGGCUUCGCAAUUCAAAGAAGCGGUCCAUGACGAGCCACAAGACUUGGCCAAAUUUGAAGUCGCUCCUCACCGCAAUAGCAGUGGAGUAAGAGUAGUGGCAUCAGAUGCUCCCUCCGAGUACCACGUGGCUCCUAGGGGCUCCUCCUCCGCCGCCGCCGCCGCCGCCGGCGGUGGCGCAGCGGAAUACUCAACUCCGGUCGCCGGAUCAGCACCGCUGCCUCCGACCACCGUGACACCAUCGUCAACCGUUUCCGCCGCUACUCCUCCGCCGUCCGCCGCCGCCGGAGUGGACGGCGGCGCCGCCGCCACCUUAAAGAAGAAGAGGGGCAGGCCGAGGAAGUACGCCCCGGAUGGGUCAUCGGUGGCUGCUACGCCUACGCCGCUCUCGCCGAAGCCCAUCUCCUCCUCCGCGCCGCCGCCGGUUAUCGACUUCUCCGCGGUGGAGAAGCGAGGAAAAGUGCGGUCUUUGGCGUCGGUUGCUAGGGUUCAAUCGCCCAGAGUGGAGGCGGCUGAGAGCUUGGGUAAUGGAAUAGGUGAUUCGGUUUCGUGCUCUGUUGGUGCUAGUUUUACCCCUCAUAUAAUCACGGUCAAUGCCGGAGAGGAUGUUACGAUGAAAGUUAUAUCUUUCUCACAACAAGGUCCUCGAGCAAUAUGUAUUCUAUCAGCUAACGGUGUAAUUUCAAGCGUAACUCUUCGUCAGCCCGAUUCUUCGGGUGGUACGCUGACGUACGAGGGUCGAUUUGAGAUAGUCUCGUUAACGGGAUCAUUCAUGCCUUCGGAGACAGGAGGAAUGAGAAACAGAUCCGGUGGUAUGAGUGUUUCUUUGGCUAGUCCCGACGGGCGGGUCGUUGGCGGUGGAGUCGCCGGAUUAUUAGUUGCCGCCAGUCCCGUGCAGAUUGUGAUUGGAAGUUUUCUGGCGGGGCACGAACACGAGCAGAAAACGAAGAAACAAAAAACGGAGUCAAUGGCGAUUAUACCUACGCCUGCUAUUCCUAUAUCAAGUGCAGUGACGGAAGAUGCGUAUAAUUACCAUACUACCCCUUCUUUCCGAGGAGAUAGCUGGUCCUCAAUUCCUCAAGACUCGAGGAAUAAUAAACCAACCGACAUAAACGUAACUUUACCCGGAUAAUUUACAUCAAGACCCUCCGAUUAUGCAAAAACACUUCUUAAACCCACCGAUCGUAUUAUUGGGCAUCAAAUUCCAAAAUAUAUGGAUCAUCGGAUAUUUGAUUCAUCAUAGUUCUUUCAUCUCUGCGCGAAAAAAGUAGCACCCGGAGCCGAUUUAUGGCGAUGUUUGUGUAGUAACAUAGUGCGCUAGUUCGGCCCUUUUUUUUGAAAUUUAUUUAAAAAAAAUAUAUAUGUAUUGUGUCUUAGAACUAUUUAGAUUGUACAAUUUAUUACCCUUUCAAGUUGAACUUAUUGCAUUGUAUUUUUUGUUCUUGAUGAUGAUUAUUGGAGGGGAAGAAAGAUGAUUGUUGGAGUUUAUUGCUGUUAAAACA